UGCUGCCGGAAGGCGGGACUGUGGCUCCGCACUGCGAUCUGUCGGUCGCACAGCUGGAAGGCGCUCCAGCUGCGAGCCGAUGGCCGAGCUCAGCGGCACGCCAACACACACCCACACCAAGUCGCUUCCGAGUGCGUCAGCAUCACAGCACUUUGUCUAGGCUUAUUUUUUUUUUUUUCUUAAAUCUCUCAAGAGCUGAGAAUAAUUAUUAGAAAGAAGCAGCCGCAUGGCCCGACAGAACAACAAGUACCAACUCUGAGGAGAGGAGCGAGCGGAGCGGAAAUCGCCUCAUGAGUCGUUGUGCAUUCCGCCUGUGAGCGACCAGCAGGUCCCUGAGCUCCCAGUUGGUGGCCGAGCUGACGCUGUGAUGUGAGGCUAAACUCAUCCACCACUGUUCCCUCCGCAGCCCGUCCUCCCGGAGCAUGGGACCCCGCGAACUCUGAAGAGAGCGCCACAAGAUUCCAACCAGACUGGAGGAAACGAGGUGAGCACAGAGACUGGAGGGAACCAUGGAGUCCAUUCUAUCAGAGCAGUCUGCCACGGUGGACGAGUUGGUGGAGGCCUGCAUCCAAGCCUUCGAUGAAAAAGGCACUUUGAAGGACGCUUCCCUGGUCCGCAUGUUCCUCAUGAUGCAUCCCUGGUACAUCCCUUCCACCGACAUGGCCAGGAAGCUUGUGCUUCAAUCCCGAGAGGAGAGCUGCACCGAGGAACGUCGAACGAGAAUAUGCCACCUUGUCAAGUACUGGAUCUCUGAGUUCCCUGCUGAGUUCAAUCUGAACCCCGAGCUGGAGGAGCAGAUCAAAGACUUUAAAGACCUCCUGACCACCGAAGGCAACGAGAGGCAGAGUCAGCUCAUCGACCUGGACAGCGUGCCGUCGUAUAAAUGGAAGCGGCAGGUGACUCAGCGUGUCCCAUCUGUGUCUAAAAAGAGGAAAAUGUCUCUGCUGUUCGACCACCUUGAUUCAUCUGAGCUGGCAGAGCACCUGACCUUCCUGGAGUACAAAUCCUUCUGCAAGAUUCUGUUCCAGGACUACCACAGCUUCGUGAUGCACGGCUGCACGGUGGACAACCCCAUCCUGGAGCGCUUCAUCACGCUCUUCAACAGCGUCUCCCAGUGGAUCCAGCUCAUGGUGCUCAGCAAGCCCACCGCCCAGCAGAGAGCAGCUGUCGUCUCCCAUUUCAUCAGGGUGGCGCAGAAGCUGCUUCAGCUGCAGAACUUCAACACCCUGAUGGCGGUGGUGGGCGGCCUCAGCAACAGCUCCAUCUCCCGUCUCAAAGACACCCAGAGCCACAUCAGCGCCGAGACCAACAAGGUUUUUAACAACCUCAUCGAACUGGUGACGUCAUGCGGAAACUACAGCCAGUACCGCAAGCGCUUCUCCGAGUGCUCGGGCUUCCGCUUCCCCAUCCUCGGCGUGCACCUGAAGGACCUGAUAGCCGUGCACGUGGCGCUGUCCGACUGGGCCGACAAGGAGAAGACGCGCGUGAACCUGGCCAAAACCCAGCAGCUCUACGCCAUCCUGCAGGAGCUGACCCUGAUCCAGACCACUCCGCCGAACAUCGAGUCCAACCCCGACCUGCUCAACCUGCUCACUGUAUCACUGGACCAGUACCACACUGAGGAGGAGAUCUACCAGAUGUCUCUACAGAGAGAACCACGCAAGCCAGCUCAGAACUCCAGCCCUGCCCCGGCACCUGAACCUAAGCCCACUAUGAUUGAUGAGUGGGCCGUGUCGGUGAAACCCAAUGCUGACCCGACGAUCAUUAAGAAACACAUAGAGAAGAUGGUGGAGAGUGUCUUCAAGAACUUUGACACGGAUGGUGACGGCCACAUCUCCAGGGACGAGUUUGAAGCGAUCAGGAACAAUUUCCCUUACCUCAGCAAGUUUGGAGAGCUGGACAAGAACCAAGACGGGAAGAUCAGCAGAGAGGAGAUGAUCGACUACUUCUUGAAAGCCAGUUCACUGCUGAACUGCAAGAUGGGCUUCAUCCACACCUUCACAGAGACCACCUACGUGAAGCCAACGUUCUGCGAGCACUGCGCUGGCUUUAUAUGGGGCUUUUACAAACAAGGCUACAAGUGUAAAGCCUGCGGGGUGAACUGCCACAAGUCCUGCCGCAGCCGCCUGGCCGUGGAGUGCAGGAAGAGAACCAAGAGCAUCAGCCAUGAGACUCCGCCUGCCCUGCAGGCCCGGUCCUACAGCUUCCCACCACCUGCAAACACUCCGCCCAGCCUGCAGAACACAGUCAUUGCAGAAGAGGACAUAGAGACGGUCGAGGAGGGAGUAUUUGAUGUCCAUCUAUAACCAGGAGCCUUUAACUGCAGGCUGUGUUCUGGGAGCGGGCCGCUGUCAGCCCGCAGCCCUCUCCACCCUGAACCCCACCCCCGACCCCAGCCGACGGCGGUGUUCACGACGCCGGAUCAGAGACCCGAACCCGGCGGAGAACGUUCUCUCACUAACACGACAUGUUAGUGGUAGAACCCUCAACACCGAGGGGGAACACGCUCUGAACACGCUGCCACACGGUGGACUCAUGCUGGAACAGCACGCUGUCUUCACCUAAAUCGACGGUGCAACGUGUGUGUUGAUUCAGUCUGCAGACAGUGUUCAUGUUUAGAGAUAUUGUAUGUUUUUUUUCUGUAUUUAAAAAAAAAAAAACAAUCCAUAAAAUUGUAUUUUCUCAGUGAAACUUUAGAGUCAGUGUGCAUCUGGAGGUGGAUGUCUGCUCUUCUUCAGAACAUUAAAGAGGUGCUGUUAUUGCCAAGAAUGUAAAGCUGCCACCCAGACUAAGCUAUUGUCUCCUUUUCUCUGAGAUGUUCUUGUUUUUUUUUUUUUUGUUUUGUUUUCCUCGGUUCUGUUUUCUCAAGUAUGUAUUUGAGCAGAGCCACAAGGACCCAAUUUUGAUGUCAGAUAUAUUGUUGCUUUGUGGAAACCGUGACAAAAGCAUCUGCUGGGCAGACAAAAGCGACAGCAGACAGGAGACAGUUUAGACGCCUGUAAUUAGAGCGCCGGCAAACGCAGCCGUGUUUUUGUCACGUUUCCCUUCGUGUCGGUGGCCGUCCUGUAUGAACGCUGUGCCGUUUUCGCCGUACUGUGAUCGUGAGCCUAGCAGACAGACAAACGCUGCCGUCACACCAAGAAUCCAUCCUUCCCUCGCAAAUUUGGCAACAGUUUUUUUU